AUGAGCAGCUCCUUUCACUUCUCCCGGUCGCUGUCAGAGGAUCGGCCUGUGGCUGCGCUGUGGGGCUGCCAGCUGGGCACGGGCGCUCGGAGCUGCGUGGUGAAGGAGGAUGAUGACUUCUUGGAGCAUCUGGUGCUGCUGAGGACGAUCUGCCUGGGGGCUGACGCCAGGGACGAGCUGCACGUGGUGGCCGUGGAUUCCAAAAACGCCUCCGCGGAGCGCAGGCCGGUGCCCAUCGCGGCUCUGCGGAGCUCGCUGCUCCCCAUGAUCAGCCUCAAAGGUCUGGAGCUCGUCCCUCCCGUCACCUUCGUGCUCCAGUGUGGGGCUGGGCCAGUCUAUCUCAGCGGGCAGCGCGUCACGCUGGAAGAUGAGGCCACGUCUGAAUCCCACGAGGAAGACCUCUCAGAGGAACAUGUGGAUGAUGAGGAUGAUGAUGAAGCUUCUUAG